UCUCUCUCUCUCUCUCUCUCUCUCUCUCUCGCUCUCGCUCUCUCACACACACUGAGUCACACAAGAGGGUGCUGUAUCCAACAAAAUCCGAGAACAUUAAGCUAAGUUCAUUCAGACAACUCUAAGGCAACUAAAUGGGCUUAUAACAUCAGGAUCUUUCUAUUAGAGAACCGUGACAACACUGAUAAUAAUCCUUCAGAAGAACAUGUUGCUGCUGAAUAAGUUCCCUGCAUGGCUUUCUGCAUUCGCUUUGCUUUUGCUGACUCAAGAGCCUGUCUCUACGUCAGAGGUCACAGCCUGUGGAGUUACGGUGGAUCCCCCUGCCAAUAUUGAGAUAACAGACCCUGGCUUCCUGGGGUACCUCAGUAUCCACUGGACUCAGCCAACCAGCCUUCAGAACCUUACAGGCUGCACAGUUCGAUACCAACUCAGAUACUAUGACACCUAUGAGGAACGAUGGAGGAGUGUUCGAACUGUCAAGCUAACUUAUGCAGCUCAGUUUGAUCUUGAGAAACCAAUCAAGGUGAGAAUACUCACUGUGCUGAAGUGUGCCUGUACCAAAGGGACAGAGGUCCAAGGAGAGGAGAAAGAGUGGGUCUACACACCUGAACCUACAGGUGUGGCAGAAUCACGAAUAAGAGAUUUUCACUGUGUCUACUAUGGGAAGGAGUACAUGGAAUGCACCUGGGAGGCAGGACCCGGCCAACCUCCAGAUUCACAGCACUACCUCUAUUACUGGCACAGGGAAAUGGAUGAAACAAAGGAAUGUCCAGAAUACUUCAUAUCAUCUGAGGGUCGAAGUGGAUGCAGGUUUCCUCGAGAAUCACUCCUGGAGUUCUCGAAGUUUAAUUUAUGUAUAAAUGGAUCCUCUCCAGCAGGAAGUCUGAAAAUGGCCUACUUCUCUAUUGAGGUCCAAAACCAUGUAAAACCCACAGUGGUCUCCUCUGUGCAUGUCUCAGAGACUGAUGGAGAGCUGAAGUUAGAGUGGUCACCACCUAGUGGUCAGGUGCCAGACCACUGCUUGGAAUAUGAGGUGGAGAGCAGCACUACGAUGGAAAAUGGCAAAGAAAAGCAGGAAAAGAUUGUUCUUCAGAAUUUAGAGGACACAUCUUUUGGCAUCCCAAGAAAGGCGGAAAGUCAAAAAACUUGCUUUCGAAUCAGGUCAAAGGUGAACAUGUACUGCGCUGAUGGAGGAUUUUGGAGUGACUGGAGCCAAACAAAGUGCACAGAAGAUAAGGAAACUCAAUACAUCCCAAAAUGGAGAUAUCUCAGUCUGGUGGUCAUUGGCAUUGCUGGAGUCAUCAUCCUCUGUCUUUCAUUAUGGACAUUAAAGAAGAUUAGCAUAAAAAAGAUCAACAAAAAGGAUGCCCUCUAUACUUUAUACAAGGAGAAGGUCAACAAAACCAUGCCCACUAUCCUUAGCCCCAUUUUAAAGUGAUGCUCCCUAAGACCUGUUAUGCUGAAUUAACUUUUAGCAGUUCUAGACUGCAGUAAAAGUAGACUACUCAGACACAGAAAUAAACAUGAGAAGUGAGACUUCAACACCCUUAAAGUGAUAGCUGAUAGAAUCAGUAGUCUUGUGGAAUAGGUAUGUGGAGACCUUAAUGAACCACAGCACUGACCCGAAUGUAUGAACCGCUUAGGUUUUCAAGACACUAUACUACUAUGUGAUGUGUUUACGCACAUAUCAUGUGUUACUUAAAGUUACUCAAAGAUUUUUCAAAUACUCUUGUCAGUUUAGUCAAUUAUUUUUUUCUAAAUGCCAGUGAUCUUGCCAAUGAUUUUUCAAAUGCCUAUCAUCUUGAAAUUUUAGCCAAUGAUUUUUCAAAUACAAAUAUCUUGUCAGCUUAGCCAAUGAUUUUCCAAAUGCCAAUCAUCUUUAUAUAUUAGCCAAUGAUUUUUCUGAUUCCAAAGAUCUUAUCAGUUUAGCCUGUUUUUUUUUUUUCAAAUGCCAGUAAUCUUGCCAAUUAUUUUUCAAAUGCCAAUCAUCUUUAUAUUAGCCAAUGAUUUUUCAAAUUCCAAUGAUCUUGCCAGUUUAACCAAUUAUUUUUCAAAUGCCAGUGAUCUUGCCAGCGAUUUUUCAAAUGCCAAUCAUCUUUAUUUUAGCCAAUGAUUUUUCAGAUUCCAAAGAUCUUAUCAGUUUAGCCUGUUUUUUUUUUUCAAAUGCCAGUAAUCUUGCCAAUGAUUUUUCAAAUGCCAAUCAUCUUUAUUUUAGCCAAUGAUUUUUCAAAUUCCAAUGAUCUUGCCAGUUUAACCAAUGAUUUUUCAAAUGCCAGUGAUCUUGCCACCGAUUUUUCAAAUGCCAAUCAUCUUGGUAUUUUAGCCAAUGACUUUUUCAAAAGCCAGUGAUCUUGUCAGUUUUAUUUUCCUAUCAGUUUUUUUGCUGUUUCACUUUGACCUAUGACUCUUUCAGUAUUUGAGAUUAUUUUACUGCUGAUUACGUAAUGAAGAAAUCAGGAGUAAAGAGUUCAUACAUUUAGGAAAAAAGUGUUUUAUAUACAUUAUUCAAAUAAAAUUUUCAAGUUUUUACAACAGAUAAAAUCAACAAGAAGUCUGUAAAACACCCCCAACCCACCACUACAGUGUGUACAGAUAUGCAGAUACAGAACAUAUUUCCAUUCUUGUUCUAAUCCUAAUCAGAACAUCAAAGCCCUUCCUGUUGAUCAUCAUCACUUCCUGUGCUGACUAAGUAUGUAUGGUGACUGGAAUGGUGAUGUUUGGUUGAGUCAUCAUGAUAUCACACAGUACAGCACAAAUGACACUCUAUACCUCCCAAGAAACAGACUCGCUUUAUUCAUAGAAUUAUCGCUCAUGCAACAAGCAUCAUUGUUUUUUCAAUGGUCUACAUUCACGUCAUCAAGCCACAGUUCUGUAAUAGUAAACCUAAUUACUUUCUUUAACUUACUUUCUUUAACUUUAACUUACCAAUGUAAUAUUGAUGGAUGCUAGUGUGGUAUCCACACCCUGCUUACUUGACUCAACUUGCCUAGAAAUAAGAAGUUAUUAAAGGGAUUUUCGGUUUUCCGAAAAGUGAAAAUCCUAUCAGCAUUUACUGUAAAAAUCAUUCAGCAUGUCUUUAAAAUCUGUAUGUCCUUACUGCUUCUGUAAAACACAACAGAAAUGUCAAAACAAUGUCUCUGUGUUGUGUUUUGUUUUCAUGCAAUGAUAUUUUGGACAGACAUGUACAAAAAAGAUGAACGUUUCAUGAAAAUAUCUUAUUUUGUGUUUUGCACUUUUUG